UAGUACGGAUUUAUUUCUUAUUACUAUAUAAUAAUGACAUCUAUGUUGAUUUGCUUUCAGACCAGAACGAGAAACAAGCGUUUCUUUUUAAUUUGGCAAAGAAACUCCAGAACGUCGUAUUACAUCAGUCUCUGGAAUUCGGCCAUUUUGGAUAAGUCUUUACAUUGUGGAUGGGCUUCAUAAAAAUGGCUGCAUCCCCCUCUUGCUGGGCAGGAAAUGACGUCACGGCGCCGUAGACACGCACGCCAGGAGUCUCUGCACUGUCUGCAGUCCUGCACCAGCGGUUCCUGUGUUGUGGACGCUGCUGCCCGGAGGGGAGUAGUCGCUCGGCACCAGGAUGAACGCGCCGCCGGCCUUUGAGUCCUUCUUACUGUUUGAAGGCGAAAAAAAGAUAACAAUUACUAAGGAUACGAAGGUGCCAAAUGCCUGUCUGUUCACUAUCAAUAAGGAGGACCACACAAUUGGAAAUAUCAUUAAAUCGCAGCUGUUGAAGGACCCUCAGGUGCUCUUUGCUGGAUACAAAGUACCACAUCCCCUGGAACAUAAAAUUGUUAUAAGAGUUCAGACGACACCAGAAUACAGUCCUCAGGAGGCAUUUACCAAUGCCAUCACAGAUUUGAUCAGUGAGCUAUCCCUGUUGGAAGAAAGAUUUAGGGUUGCCAUUAAGGAUAAACAAGAGGGAAUUGAAUAAAUCUGGAGAAGGUUUCCUCUGCUGUAACGUUGCCGGAGCUUCAACAUUUCCCUUUUCUGUAGGGAGCUAAUAUGAAUAGUGUUUUUGUUUUUUUAAAAUAAAGUAACUUUAAUGUUG